CAAUGGUCGACGUGUUGGGAGCAGAAGCGGACACCAUGGGACCGUGGUGGGCCGAGCGUGGCGUUGUCUGAUCUCCUUGCGCAAAGAUCGGAGCCUUCUGGAUAUCCGAGUGAAGAUACAAUGGGAAGAAAGAAGCAGCAGACGGUGCUGGUCCCCGGCUGCGAGAGAGGCCACGAUGUGCUG